CAGAGAGAUACAUAUGGACGGCAAAUAUAAUAUCGAUUGAUAAAAAGCUCUAUAACAUAGAUACAGAUGGACUAAUUUUGAUAGAUUUUUGUCAGCUGCGCGCUUGAAGCAAAUCAGAUUGCGAAGUGAUUUGCUUACAGGAGUCCAACCAGAGGAAGGCCAAUACGAAAGGGUUAAUCAGACUUAGUGAUGCAUAAGGACUGGAGGGAGGGGUCCUCUGGCAGUGCCCCCCAAUAGACUGAGGAGAUAUUGUCAUGCAAAGAGACCACCGCCUCGCGAUUGUCUCCACGACUUCCAAGUUUAUUAUAAACAGCCCUCGAAGUCCGCGAGGACCAUUGCACUCAGUAAGGUGGAAGGAGCGCAAGCGGCAGCACAGAGCGUCGGGACGAGAGAGAGAGGAGAGAGGGAGGAGUGCGUGUGUGCGGGCGGGAGCAGCACUGACGAGCACACUGCGCAGCCAGGCAAGAGACACUCCGUGAAGCCAAGAGGAGCACAGGUUGUGUGAGAAGGACCCGCACCUGCCCCCGCAGUCGGCUCAGGCAGCCAUCUCAACUACAUCUCGUCCGUGUUUUCAUCGUUUGCUUUGAAACAGUCCAAGUCUAGGAAGUCAAGUCAGGGGUCCGAAAGCAGCGCAAGGACAAGAGAACAGCGAAAGGCUCAAGUGUUGGCUCUCAUGUACAAGAUGGAUUACUCUUACCUGAACACCUACGACUCCUGCAUGGCAGCGAUGGAAGCGUCGGCCUACGCGGAUUUCAGCUCGUGCAGUCAAGCGAACACUUUCCAGUAUAAUCCAAUCCGGAGCAGUUUUGGUGCCAACCCAGGAUGCCCACCUCUGAGCACAGCAAGUUGCACACUUGGCGCCCUCAGGGACCACCAGCCCACUCCAUACUCCACAGUUCCUUACAAGUUCUUUUCUGACCCCUCUGGACUCAAUGAGAAGAGGAAACAGCGGCGGAUUCGCACCACCUUCACUAGCUCUCAGCUGAAGGAGCUUGAGCGAGUGUUUGCCGAGACGCACUACCCGGACAUUUACACUCGGGAGGAGCUGGCACUCAAGAUCGACCUUACCGAAGCACGAGUGCAGGUGUGGUUCCAAAACAGACGUGCCAAGUUCCGUAAGCAGGAGCGAGCGGCCAACUCUAAAGGCAGCAGCAAUGGAAGCAGUGGCAGCAACACAAACUCCAGCUCCAAAAAGGGAGAUGCAAGGUCCUCCUCAGAGGAUGACGAGUCAAAGGAGUCCACCUGCAGCCCGACACCCGACAGCACGGCUUCCCUCCCCGGUUCAGGAAACAUAGGCAGCCCUGGGAGCAGCCUGAGCCCCAGUCCAGUGUCUGUACCCGCUGCAGGAGCUGCCUAUGGGACUGCGACCUCGGGACUGUCUCAGGCCCUCAAGGCCCCCGCCUGGCCUAGCAUAGGCACCCCUGGCAGUGGUGUGAACGCCAGUGCUGUGCCCGGAUCAGAGCUCCUGAAGGCGUGGCAGCCUGCAGACAGUAUGGCUGGGCCCUUCGCUGGGGUCCUCUCCACAUUUCACCGGAAGCCAAACUCCCUGAAGACUAAUUUGUUUUAGAUGGGCACACACCUGCAGAUGAAGAGCAGGAGGAGGUCACCGAACUGACAAGGAGGAAAGCCUCACGCUGUCAGCCUCACAUUAUUGCCAUGACAGUAUUCAUAUUUUAAGAUGUAAACGGGAUUCGAUGUGAAGCGUUUUUUCUUUGUUCAGAUUCCCAUUUAACAGAGUGGGUGAGGCAGAUCCCCACGCACAAGCCCACCAGGCUGCUUUGGAAGACUGAAGCACAUGAACUCACACCGGUUUACUUGAGCGAUGCGAGUCGAGUUUGAAACAAAGGGGGUGGCGGGUACAAGCAGGAGGUCCUUUGAAACCUGCAAGCGUCCCGGGAGCGUGGAGUCAGUCAGGGGAGCGUUUCCAUUUCCAAAGUACUGUAAAGGGCAGCACACCGCGGCUUUGUAGGGGGCACUGGGGCAGGGUGCUCUGCUCGGUGUUGUUUAUCAUGGAAAUUAUUUGUGACCAAAAACAAAAA